AGCAGAUUAGAACUACCAGGACCCACGGGACCGAACGUAGCUGAAGUCCUUAGGGCUUUCACACGUCAAAGACCAAUGCCCGGCCACCGCCGGGCUCACAGCGCAUUAUGUCUGCUGCGCAUCCUAUGUUGCAUCCACGUUGCAACAGCUCAACGCCCUAAUCCCGCAAACCCUGGUUUCAGCAGCGCGAAUGCCAUUAGCAGCGGCAAUGCCGCCGAUGGCUCGUCCGUCGGGGAACCCAGUAGCAAUAUUCCCAUCGGCCAGCUUGUAAGAGUAACGGCCCAACCGCCGCCCUACCCGGUCAACCUCGUGGGUCAGCUGCGUAACGGUUGUACGGCAUUCCUGGCGGGGCCGUGUCACG